AUGGCUCUGGUUGAACAACCGCAAUCCGAUAAACCAAUCCAGCCCAAGAUUGGCAUCAUCUACCCGCCUCCAGAAGUUCGCAAUAUUGUUGAUAAAACUGCCAGUUUCGUCGCUCGAAACGGUCCCGACUUCGAGUCCCGAAUUCGUCAAAAUGAGCUAAACAAUCCCAAGUUCAAUUUCCUUAAUCCUGCUGACCCGUAUCAUGCUUACUACCAACAUAAAGUUAGGGAAUUCGCCGAAGGCAGAACCACAGAGUCCGUGGCUCUCAAACUAACUACACCCAGCGCCGCCCGUUUGGGCCAGGACACUCCUAAGUCUAUCCAGGAGACAUUUAUUCCCAAAGAUCCUCCUGCUGAGUUUGAGUUCGUGUAUGACCCCUCGUCCAUCAAUGCGAUGGACAUCGACAUCAUCAAACUGACUGCUCAGUUUGUUGCACGCAAUGGGCGACAAUUUUUGACUCAACUUAUGAAUCGAGAACAACGCAAUUAUCAAUUCGAUUUUCUGCGCACUCAGCACAGUAUGUUUGGCUAUUUCACCAAGCUAGUGGAACAAUACACGAAGAUUCUCAUACCCCCCAAAGAUAUUGUUUCCAAAUUGGAGGAUGAGCUGGAAAAUCCCAAACGUUUAUUGGACGAUGUGAAGUACCGUGUAGAGUGGCAAAAGUAUCAAGAACGGCAGCGGAAACGCGAGGAGGAAGCUGUUGAGCGUGAACGAGUGGCCUAUGCUCUGAUUGAUUGGCACGAUUUUGUGGUUGUUGAGACCGUCGAUUUUCAGCCAAACGAAGCGGGUAAUUUUCCUGUUCCGACCACUCCAGAGGAGGUGAGUGCCCGCAUGUUGGCCGAAGAACGUGGUAUGUACGUUGCUCCAAAGACGCAUAAUCUGCCGCCACCUCCGGGCUCACUGGGCUUGGUGCCCACAGAUCUAGAUGACGAGGAACACGAGGGUGAUGAGGGCAGCGAUGAGGAUCUAGGUGAUUCGGAGCCUGAAAUGGAAAGGCCUGUAAAUGGCGAAUUCCAACAAGGUGACUCUCCCAAAUCAUCACAAUCACAAAUGCCGCUAUCCCCCAAACAAGAAACUGCAGUACGUACAACACAGCAUGCGACGGAAUUCGGUGAAGCAGACGAUAUGGAACUGUCCGAUGAUGAAGACGCUGCGCAGCCAUCCGCAUUAGAGAGAGUCGGUGCACCUAAACAGCCUGUUAAGAAUGUGCCGCCCACGACCGACCAGGUGAUUAUUCGACGUGAUUAUGAUCCUAAAGCUGCGCGAUCGGCCAAAAAAGAUGAAUCAGUUUUGCUGGUUUCACCGUUUACUGGGGAGAAGAUUCCGGCUCAUCAGGCACCGAAACACAUUCGCGUUGGUCUCUUGGACCCAAAGUGGGUGGAACAACGAGAUCGGGAAAUUCGUGAGAAGCGGGAACAGGAACAAGUGUACGCUGCCGGUAAUCUGAUUGAUAGCAGCUUAAAACAACUGGCUGAACGCCGUACCGAUAUUUUUGGUGUCGGAGUAGAUGAAAUUCAAAUAGGUAAGAAACUUGGCGAGCAGGAGGAAGUAAAAUCGGAUAAACUGAUUUGGGAUGGUCAUGCGGCCACUGCGGACCUGGUGGCGAAGCGCACAGUAGAGGCAAUAACUCCGAAAGACAAACAAGAAUUACUGGAAUUCCAACGAAAUAUGGAAGCUGCACGUGACAAAAUUGGGCCUCAAGCAGGUGUCACACCAUCCUCCACCUACCCUCCAGGAGUUAUAAAACCCGGAAUGAUUCUUAACCCUCCUCAACCCACGCUCAGUAUGAUGAACACACCCCCUCCACCACCAGGCAUUAUGAUGAUGUCCAGCGCACCCCCACCACUUCCGCCAUCUAUGUUUCCACCUGGUAUGCCACCACCGCCUCCUGGUUUCUCAAUCCCCAAAUUUAUGCCCCCUCCUCCUCCACCACCACCACCAGGAGUGCCGCCUCCGCCCCCACCCUCCAGUAAUGAAGAUGAACCAGAAGCAAAAAGACCGAGAGAAUAA